CCCAGUCUUCUUCCCCGCUCGAGGUCCAGACCACUAACCUGCCGGCCGGGGCAUCGCGCGCCCCCGCGCCGCAUCCAGCAUGACCUGCUUCUACUGCAAGCACGGCUUCUCGGCGCGGUGCUCGCAGGGGAAGCUCUUCGGCUCGGCGGCGCUCGACGGCGGGCAGGCCGAGUACGUGCGGGUGCCGCACGCCGACGGCACCGUCGUGAAGGCGCCCGCGGCCGGCUCGCCCCUGGUCGACGACCGCGCGCUGAUCCUCAUGGCCGACAUCUUCCCGACGGGCUUCUUCGGGGCGCGCAACGCCUUCGCGCUGCUGCCGCCGUCGCUGCCGGCGGCCGAGGCGACCGUCGUCGUGGUCGGCUGCGGGCCCGUCGGCCUGUGCGCGCUGGUCUCGGCGCUCGAGUACCGGCCGAGGCACCUGUUCGCGGUGGACAGCGUGCCGGCGCGGCUGGAGCUGGCCCGGCGGCUGGGCGCCGAGCCGCUGGAUUUUUCGGAGGGGAAGGAGGCGAUGCUGGAGAGGGUGAGGGCCGUGACGGAGGGGAGGGGCGCGGACGCGGUGAUCGAGGUGGUGGGGCUGAGCCCGGCGCUGAGGACUGCGUUUGACCUGCUGCGGCCGUUCGGGGUCAUCAGCAGCAUCGGGGUGCACAAUGCCGAGAUACCCUGGACGGGAAGCGAGGCCUACGGCAAGAAUCUGAGGAUCCAGAUGGGCCGCUGCCCGGUUCGGUCCGUCUUCCCUGAGGCGCUGCCGGUGUUGGCAAAGAACCAGGACAAGCUCAGGUAGGCGGACCCGUUGAAGCUGCCAGCGACGGUAUGUGCUGACUUUCCACUCAACAGCUUUAUGUUCGACAACAUCAUGCCGCUGUCAGAAGCGGUCAAAGGCUAUGACC